UUUAAUACAUUUCUAUUUCUUUCUAGAUGAAGAUGAAAUGAAGGAAUUAUUUAACUUCAAAGCUUAAUCAUGGGUUGUCUAUGCGACAAAAAUAUGAAGUCUAAGGAUUUGUUGACAGAUUCAAAUAAAGGAUAUUCAUGGGAAAAACGAGAACAAAACAUUGAUCCUAAUGAUUUCACCUUGGAAGCCACUGAGAACUCAGACAUCUGGAAAGUCCCAGGGUCUAUUAAUGGUCAACAAUAUGUAGUCAGAAACUGUAGAAAAUCUUGCAUUUACCUCUUAGACAAUAUCAACACUUUGACAAUAGAUGACUGUAAUGACUGUAAAUUUAUUGUUGGACCAGUCACAGGAAGCGUGUUCCUAAGGGACUGCAGGGAUUGUUCAUGUGUGGUUGCCUGUGGACAGUUCCGUUUAAGGGAUUGUCAUAAUGUCAACGUGUUUCUAUGUUGUCCGACCCAACCGAUUAUUGAGUCUUCACGUCGAAUACAUUUUGGAUGCUACCAGUUGUACUACGAUCAGCUAGAAGACCAGUUUAGAUCAGCUGGCCUGAGUGUGUUUAACAACAUCUGGAACAGUGUUCACGACUUUACACCUUCACACACGGACAUCAACUGGUGUCUAUUACCUGCUACCAUGACUGUACAAGACUAUUUCCAGCCUUCCAAUCAUCCGUUAAACCUGUCUCUAGACAGAACAUGGAGUGUUGUUCCAAUGACCACAGGAGUUUUUCCGGAACCUGAUGAAGACUUGGAGGUUUGCUUGGUAGCGUUCUUUCACACAAACAAUGAAGAAGUCUUAGCCAAAUCUUUCAUCCGACAGCUCCUUGAAGACAGGCCAUCUUGUUGGUUGGUGAGUUGCAGACAGUUGACUCUGGAAGGUAGAGAUGCCGAGGUUGUGUUUGGAAGUUCAUCCUACAACAAGGAGGCUGAGGCUGGACCUCUGGUAGGUCUGGUGUUGGCAGGACCACGGGUCAUAUACUUCUGUCAAAAGACGGCAGAGAAAGUCGUUCCUGCCAAGGACCAAGUGUAUGUGAGCUCGAACCCGCGAACAUCUCCCAUACAAGCAGAAACAUUCACCAGCGUUGCAGCCAUGCUAUUGUAUUCGUAAACACUGCCUUAGGAUUAUGUGUUGGAUACUUAUAAUUAGCCUUGAUUCAAAGACAUGUAUCUGACAAAGAACCUUUUUGGUAUGAGUUUUGAACUUGUUAAUCAAAUAUAAAUCUAUAGUGUUUGUUUUAUUUCAAAACAAAAGGGCACAAUAGAAAAGCAUAGUAAUAUCAACCAUGGUGAGUAAAGAAAACAUUUUAAUUGUUGAUAUUUCUGAAUCUAAACUUCGUUCACAAAACUUAGGCGGGUUUAAGGAAAGAAACCUAUCUCCUCCACUUGAUCCUAUCUUUAAAACAAUAGCUCAACAGCUAUGUUUUUAGAGGGGAACUUCCCCUCAAACCGCCUAAAUUUUGUGAACAGACUAUAAUUAAUUAUCAACUUAGUAUUUACAAUCAACAAAUUUUUGUCACUUGGGUAUUAUUUUCUUUUUACCGCACAUCUAGUCAUAUUCUUAUUCUUGUUUUAGGCAAUUAGGUGUUAAGAACAAAAAUCAUAACAAUGCAAUUUGGUACUUUGUACAUUUAAGUAGGUAGUUGUAAAUAACACUUUUGCCUUAAAGUUUAGUCUUUCCAAAUGUAAUGUUUGAGGUUUUACAAAAAUAAGGUACAUAUAGAUUUAUAAAAGACAUUUGUUUGACAUACUUAUAUAUACAUUUCACAUUUAUUGGUAAAAUAA